AUGGCCUCCGACGAAGAAUCACCGCCACCCGCUCCACCGUCCAACAAGAAAAACAACAACCGUAGCUCAUCCAAAAGCUAUCAAACGGACAUGAUGGAUCCGUAUUUUAUGCACCCUAGCGACAACCCUAGCAUUGCUAUCGUUUCUCCACCACUCACCAACCUCAAUUACCAUUCUUGGAGUCGCUCAAUCGUCGUCGCUCUUCGUUCCAAGAACAAGAUUGGAUUCCUUGAUGGAACUCUUCUUCGAUCUGAUGAAUCGAAUCCCCUUACUCUAGCGUGGGAUCGAUGCAAUACCAUGGUCAUGGCUUGGAUUACCAACUCUGUUGAACCAGACAUUGCUCAGAGCAUUUUGUGGAUGGAUACUGCAUCUGAGAUUUGGACGGAGCUUCGUGAUCGACACCACCAAGGCGACAUCUUCCGCAUAUCUGAUAUUCAAGAACAACUCUUCAAUCUCAAACAAGGCGACCUAACCAUCACUCAAUUCUUCACCAAUCUCAAAAAGCUAUGGCAGGAGCUUGACAAUUUCAGACCUAUCCCUACUUGCACUUGCGCUAUCAAAUGUUCUUGCACCCUUCUUCCCACUAUCAAAUCUUACUGUGAAACUGAUUACGUGGUUCGAUUCUUGAAGGGAUUAAACGAGCAAUAUGCUCUAGUUCGAUCCCAAAUAAUGCUUAUCAAUCCUUUACCACCUAUUAACAAAGUUUUUUCUAUGCUAAUACAACAGGAACGGCAGAUGAUUGCACCUAUUGAAGAAGAUAAACUUCUUGCCAAUUUUGCCAAGACACAACACCGAUCCUCUAGCACUGAUAACAAUCCCAGAAAUUCUGCAGUUGGGCGUGGUAAAAGCCUCAAGAUGUGCACUUUUUGCAACAAAUCCGGACACACAAUUGAGUAUUUGUGA